GAUAUCAAUUACUCGGUCGUAUUGCAUUUUUAUAUCUACAAAUUUGUUUUUCAACUUGACUGAACUUGCGUCACGAACUCAAUUUCCGUUAGAACGCGCAGCUAUCUUUUAAUUUUCUUCGUUUCUUUCCUCAUUGCAUCAGUCGAUCAUGUUUUUUGUCAUUUGUCACGUUUUGUCAAUUAAACAAAAGCGCACUAUGUAAUUCGUACGCACGAACCACCGCUGUAUUGUCAAUAAUCGCAAGCUAUUGGGUGUACGCCUAAAGUCUGCGUGAUCCGAACAAGCCUAUAGAUGUAUCCGAAUGGUGCGCAGUGCUUCUUUUCGAUCCGAUCUUCUUGUGCGCUAUUCGCCGAUGCGGCAAACGAUGAACAAGUAACAAAAUUCACGGUACUUUUAAGCUCUAUGAAAAUACCGUAGAGCGUACGCCUACUCUUGCGUGCAGUGGCGCACAUCGCUAAACGUUGAAGCCGUCAAGCGAGAACCAUUCGAUGGUAACUUCGGCGACGCGCGCGCGAGCGUUCCGGAUCACUUGAUUUGAACUUGAGAAAAUCGGCUACGACGGAAUUAAUAAAGCACUUCGUUUUGAAUUCACCCAAAUUGUUCUCGUCUUAAGCUGUAGGCAUGCAAUUUUCGGAUCGAGCGCGUGCCACUCGGCACAGUUCAUCCGACGACUGAUCGAACGCGAGCAUUCAUUUCGUGCGAUCGCUCGCAGUGAAAUCGCCGGGAAAUCGACAAGCAGACUUUGCCGUCGUUGAGCAACGAUUUCGUCGUUCUUCGGCGCGGCGAAGGCAUAAUCGGAGAGAGCGCGAGAAGAGUGCGGGACGGCGCCGAGAUAAACGGCGCCAAGUCAAACACUCGACUGUCGUAAAUAAACAAGUGAGCAGAUCGCGCAACUGCGGCAGGGCAGUCAGAGCCGCGAGCUCGGGAAUGACAGGCUCUUUUGUUUGGCGCGUGUGCGCACUGCCGGCAACCGGCCGGGGCGCAUUGCCACAGCAACCGGGCGGCGCCGGUCAAUCAGCGAGUCGUUUGUCUCGGCCUCAGCAGCGCGAUCCCCCGUGCACAGCAGCGCCUUCGCACACUGUCCGCCUCCGACGCCCGCAGCCCGGAACGACAGCGCGUUUCGAAGACAGGCCGUCCAGUCGAAUCGCCCAACCGUGGAUCGCUCGGUCGAGCCGAGUCGCGGCGCGGCCAGCAGGGGCCGCAAGUCCCGGCGCCGGCGGCCUAGGAACGGCGCAGGCCCCAAGCCGGCCAGCCCCAACGCCGGCGGCGGCGGCGGCGGCGGCCGUCGCGGCCGCCGCCCGUCGCCCAGCCGGCCGAUGGGCGCCGCGCCCGGGGGGGCCGCGGCCGCGGGCCAGCGCGAGCCGCAGAAGAACGCCAGCCAGACCUCGUGCGCGUCGGCGCCGCUGCCCGGCUGCUCGCGGCCGGUGCGCGCGCCCACGCGGCCGCGCUCGCUCUACGCCGUGCACUCGUGCACCGCCCAGCCGCAGCACCACCAGCAGCCGCCGCCGCCGCCGCCGCCGCCGCCCCCGCCCCCGCUGCCCCUGCCCGAGGACUACCAAGUGACUGCUAGGCCCGGCGCUCGCUCGCAAGUCGGUCAACGACGGCCCCGUCCGCGUCCGUUGCAGAGGGGCGGCGAGCUGGCCAAGUACCUGGAGGCGGGCGCCGCGGCCGCCGCGGACCAGUGGCCCAGCGGCCUGGCCGGCAUCCCGAGCAGCCUGUGGCGCCAGCCGCGGCCCAAGCCCGGGCCCUGCUACGCGCCGGCUGACGAGUGCUGCCUGUACGCGGCGCCAGACCUGUGGCGCGAGGCCGAGGUCGCGGAGCCGAUGCUGGCCCACGCCGGCCACGCCGGCCACGUCGGCGGCGCGCUCGCCACGCCCCACGGCACCAUCUCGCUGCGGCUACACAGCAAGCUGCGGCUCGACAUGAGCGUCGACCGGGCCGUGCGCCUCAUCAACUUCAAGAACAACGUAGUGCUCUCGCUCAGCGGCUCUGGCUCGGCCUCGGCGCUGCUGCACCCCAACGGCCGCGUCUUCCAGUACGGCUCGCGCGUCGAGAUCCUCGCCCACGACCUCCACGGCAACAACAAGUACGCCAAGAUGUGGUACAAGGGCGUCAGCUUCACCUCCGAGCAAUGCGCGCUGGUCUACCUGGUGGACGCCGCCGGCACCAGAACCACCACCGACGCCUUCUCGAACAUGAGCCAGGACUUUUCCGUGGACGUGUUCUACGGCGAAUCGAGGCACGGCCCGGCCUGCGUCCAGGAAGCCGCAGCCAUACUGGCCGCCGCACAGUACUGGCUCUCCGACGAGGGAGUCGACAACUGGAUCAUCAACAACGUACGAAUCUCGCAGACUCCCGACGGCCUUGUCAGGAUUGCCCGAAACAGCAACAAGUACCAGCUGCGCACGUCGCCGAGCAACGGGACGGCGUCCCUCACCACUCCGUUCUUGCACUGCACGGCGUCGUUGGGCCAAACCUCGCACUUGUUCGUGCGACGGGGCGAGAGACGCAUGCAUUACGAUGGUACCAGUUUCAUUGUUAGAAACGCCGGGCACAGCGCCGGAUUUGACGAUAACAAUCAGCUCAAAGUUUACUGAUCGCGUCGCAUUUUUUACGCGCGGAAUCGAUGACAGUCUAUGGUUUCCGCCCUGCCAACCCUCCUCCUCUCUGCACACACUUUGUACUAUUAAUUUACACGCGUUGAUCAAGCAAUUCAAGACAGCAAUCAAAAUGAGU